AUGCCUGGUUGUGCUGCAGUAGGCUGCCGUAACAGGCCUGAGAAAGGAUUUAUUAUGAAAUGCUUCCCAAGAAAUGAAAAACAACGGGCGAUUUGGACUUCUAAAGUUAAACGACUUAACUGGAUACCUACAAACACAAGCUUUUUAUGUAAAGUACACUUUGAUGCUAAUCAAUGGGAAAAAACCAGAGAAGAUGGAUCAAGCAAACUCAAACAUAAUGCAAUUCCUACUGUCUUUAAAUAUGUUAGAACAAAACAUAAGCAAAAAAUUCCACUUGAGCGUUUUCCAAUACCAAAAAAAAGAAAAUAA